UCCCACUUGGGACUGCAGAGUCUCACUUACCUCUACAGCCAGAAAGAAUACCACCACAACACGCCCAACCCAUCUGAGCGACCAGACAAACCAAGACGAUAUCGCAACACAUCACAGCCCGCGACACGAGUUUCAGCAAUGGCGCUCCCUAUUUCGCGCCCCAAGCUGCCCGUCGCAGUCAACAAACCGACGCCGUACACCUUCGAUCUUGGCCUGCUCAUGGCCAACGACCCCAACCCCGUCGAGCUCGACAAGUCGGCGAUCGAGGAUUCCCUCGCCGCUACGGCCCGUGAUGGCGCACAGGCACUCAUCAACCAAUUGCUCACGACCUGCCCGCUCCAGAGCACCACCGACGGCGUCUUGCUGUCGCUGCCUGCCCCCUCGACGGCGCUCCCGCGCGAGAAGCCAGUGCCGAAGCCCAAGGAGCCCACCAAGUGGGAGCGCUUUGCCGCCAAGCGCGGCAUCAAGCCCAAGACCCGUGAGCAGCGCCGCAACCUCGUCUACGACGAGGACACCAAGGAGUGGCGCGCCAAGUGGGGUUACAAGGGCAUGAACAAGAAGGGCGAGGACGACUGGCUGGUUGAGGUUGACCCCAAGGAGGAGAUGAACCGCAAGGAGGGUACCACGGUUCAGGGUGACAAGCGCAGGGAAAGAAAGGAGAGGAUCAAGCGCAACGAGAGGAAAAUGAGGAAGAACCAGCGCGAGUCGGGGAAGCGGUAGAC